CUUGGUGGCCGGGUCCAUGGCCGAUACACGCAUCCGAUGCUUGCUAGCGUCACCCGAAGCCGCAGAGCUCCUCUUUAAAGGCCCCCGUGCCGUGUCCGCUCCCUCUCCCUGACCGCCGCCGUUCAACCUCUCCAGUUCCCUCGAGAAGCUUGGCAAUAGGCGCGGCGCAGUGCCUGACUGCAGACAUCUACCAUUGACUCGAGAGAAGGCAGCUCAAAAUGCCUUUCUACGCGCCGUCCUGGGUGCCGCCGCUCGACUAUGACCCGCCAGACUCCAUCACUAUCGCCGACUUCAUGCUCGACGAGCACUACGGCCGACACCCGCUCGGAUACUCGAGGGCGCCGUUCACCUGCGGGCUGUCGGGGAAGGAAUACUCAAGCUUGGAGGUCAAGGAGCGCGUCGACUAUCUGGCGCGCGGGCUCGCGAAGGAGCUUGGGUGGCACCCGAACAAGGGCUCGGAGUGGGACAAGGUCAUUGGCGUCUUCUCUGUCAACACGCUCGACGCGCUACCACUAGCCUGGGCCACCCAUCGCCUGGGGGGUAUCCAGACGCCCGCGAAUGCCGCCUACAGCGCGCCCGAGCUCGAAUUCCAGCUGAAGAACUCGGGCGCGAAAUGCCUGUUUACCUGCCUCCCGCUCUUGGUGACCGCGAAAGAGGCUGCGAGGAAGUCCGGAAUCCCGGACAAUCGCAUAUACAUUUUAGAUGUGCCAAAGGAGUUCACGGGCGGCAAGGGCGCGCCAAGCGGCAUGAAGACGGUGGACGACUUCAUUCGCGAGGGCCAGAAGCUGGACCGCCUGGAGCCACUAAAGUGGCAGAAGGGUGAUGGCGCAAAGAAGACCGCCUUCCUCUGCUAUUCCAGCGGCACGUCAGGCCUUCCGAAAGGCGUCAUGAUCUCUCACAGGAACGUCAUUGCAAACACCAUCCAGAUCGAGACUUACGAGCGGCCGUUCCGGGACACCAAGCGCCAACCUCUAACUCAGUCCGCAUACACAGAAAAUGUCCUCGGUCUCUUGCCCAUGUCCCACAUCUACGGCCUCGUUGUCAUCUGCCACGCAUCCGUCUAUCGCGGCGACGGCGUAAUAGUGCUGCCCAAGUUUGACUUUACGCAAACGCUCGAAGCAAUCCAAAAAUACAAGAUUGGGUCGUUGUUCUUGGUGCCUCCGAUCAUCAUCCUGAUGACGAAGAACAAGAUCGUCCUCGACAAGUACGAUCUCAGCAGCGUGUGGUCGAUAUUCACUGGUGCGGCGCCGCUCGGCCACGAAACAGCGGAGGACCUGCAUAAGCUCUUCCCCAGCUGGAAGAUCCGACAGGGUUACGGCCUCACGGAGACAAGCACUGUUGUAUGCUCGACUUCACCUGAGGAUAUCUGGUAUGGCUCCUCGGGCUCGCUUCUUCCGGGCGUCGAGUGUAAGAUCGUCACUCUGGAGGGAAAUGAGAUCACUGGUUACGACCAGCCAGGAGAGCUGCUGGUCAAGUCGCCCUCGGUCGUGCUAGGGUAUCUCGACAACGACACGGCCAACAAGGAGACUUUCCAGGAUGGCUAUAUGCGGACUGGCGACGAGGCCCUGAUACGGAAGGCGCCGUCUGGGCACGAACAUGUCUUCAUCGUUGACCGAAUCAAGGAGCUAAUCAAGGUCAAGGGCCACCAAGUCGCUCCCGCAGAGCUCGAAGCACAUCUCCUCACGCACCCUGCCGUCAAUGACUGCGCCGUAAUCCAGGUCCCCGACGAAAAGUCGGGUGAAGUCCCCAAAGCAUUCGUCGUCAAGUCGCCCUCCGUAGGCCUCGAGGAGAGUGAUCGCAUGCUCGCACGCCAGAUCCAGAAGCACGUCGAAGAGCACAAGGCACGCUACAAGUGGAUUACUGGCGGUAUAGAAUUUAUCGAUCAGAUCCCGAAGAGUCCCUCCGGCAAGAUUUUGAGGAGGUUCCUACGCGACAGGGAGAAAGAGAAGAGGAGGCAGGCUGGAAGCAAGCUGGAGAACGCAGAAAUGGCCGUCCCAAACCCGAACCAGCCUCACCAUCACGAGGAUGAGGACGUCCACGAAGGAGACGACAUGCUCGACGCCGAAGAGGCGGGAGAAGAGAUAGCAGACGACGGAGAUGUACCGAUGGAGUCGGAUGAGGAGGCUGAGGAAGGUGGCCAGGACAUGCAGAUGGAGAUCCAGCUACAGAACGAUUCGAGUGCGCAUUUUGACGCACACACGGACAGCAUCUUCUGCAUAGCGCAGCACCCAGUUCAUCCGGAGAUUGUGGCUACCGGCGGCGGGGACGACGUUGGAUAUGUGUUUGAUGUAUCGUCACAGCCACCCGCGCAAGCAAGUGCAAGUGGGCAGCCGAAAGAACGAGAGGGGUUAAAGAGCUUGUUUAAAUUGGAGGGACAUAAGGAUUCUAUCAACGCGAUUGUCUUCUCGGAACCAAAAGGGCAGUUUCUCGCCACCGCAGGAUUGGAUGGAAAAUUACGCGUCUGGCAGGGUGUGCCAGAUGGCAAGAAAUGGAAGUUCCUAGCCGAGGCGCAAGAGGUGGAAGAAAUCAACUGGCUGGCCACGAAUCCCUCGCCCGACCAUGCGAACGUUGUAGCUCUGGGCGCUAGCGACGGCAGCGUCUGGGUCUACCAACUAUCUACAGAGAAGGGCACCGAGCUCCAGGUCCUGCAGGCGUACUACUUGCACACAGAAACGUGUACCGCGGGCUCAUGGAGUCCGGAUGGCGCGCUACUGGCUACGGUAUCUGAGGACUCAAGUCUGUACGUGUGGGAUGUCUUCGGGGAUGCCGCUGCGCAAGGCCUCACCUCAACCUCGAAUUCGCAAGCAGUCGUCGGCCUGACCGGAGUGGACGAACGCUUCCGCAUCGAAGGCGGCCUCUACAGCGUCGCUGUCGCCCCUUCCGGCUCCUUCGUCGCAGUGGGCGGUCCUGAAGGCCAGGUCCGCAUCAUUGGGCUCCCGCGCGUCUCCGCACCUCAGCCAUCUACCUCAUCUGGCGGUGCCGGCGCGAAGAGCAAAGCUGGUGGCAGCAAACAAGCAGCCGUUAAAGGCGGCGCGAGCUCAGCAGGUCAGGUGGGUCAGAUAUUGGCGAGCCUACAAGCAGGCACCGAUAACGUCGAAUCCCUCUCCUUCUCGUCACCGCCCCUCACUCUUCUUGCAGCCGGCAACGUCGACGGCAGCAUCACGCUUUUUGACACUGCUCAUCGGUUUGCGAUCCGGCGUCGCAUUGAGGAUGCGCAUGCGGAUGAGGAGCAGCCACAAGCCGUCGUGAAGGUAGAUUUCUUGAAGAAAGAAGGCGCCGAUGCGUGGUUGCUGACGAGCGCGGGGUAUGAUGGCGUGUUGAAGCGGUGGGACGCAAGAGGCGGAACGGCGGCUGCAGCCAAGGGCCUCGUAGGGGAGUGGAGAGGACAUCGGGGUGGCGGCGAGGGAGGAGGCAUUAUGGGGUUCGUGCAGGGUGGUGGGGGGGAGAGGGUUGUUACAGUGGGCGAUGAUGGUGUGGCUUUGGUGUUUGCGACACCGAUGUAGAGUGCUUAUGGAGAUACUGGAAUGGGUUAGAGGGUAGCGGAUAGCUUUUGUAGGUCCCUGGUCAUAAGGGAGCCUUGCAGUCUUGAUGCAAAAUUUAUAGACAACCCCUACGAACGAUCUAGAACUUUGAUCCGGGAAGGGAUGACAUC